AUAUGGAGAGCAGCCAAUCAUAAUCGAAGACGCCGCGGCAUUUUUUUUUAUUUCACAGAACUGUAAAAUUUUGCGGAAAUUUUGAGAAAAUUUUGAAGAAAUCAAGUGAAAUAGUUAGCUUGGAAUAAAAUAAACGAAGAUUUAGAGAGUCUCUGUUGGCUUACAACUAGAAAUUUGAUAAAAUGUACAAAAUUUUGAAUACAAUGGAAAAAAUGCUGGCAGGUGUCGCGAUAGUGCUGUGACAGCCGGCCAUCUUGACUCCCGAGAAUUUGCAGAAUUUCUCACAAAUUUUUGAUCAAAACUCACCCAUUUUCUCAUUUCCAAGUACGCCGGCAGUCCCAAAAACUACCCUUGUGUCUUGUGUAACAGUCUUUGAGUGCAUUUAGCUGUGUGUGAUAGCGUCGCGGUGGGUGGAAAAGGCUUUUGUUGGGUGGGAAAACCAUGGGAGCAUGAAUGAAGGAAACCGCGGGUCUGCAAUGUCGUCUGGUCAUUCUCAUGGACGCUUGGGACAACCGCCAACCACCUCAUGGAAUCAUCUUCAGGUCCCAUCGUACAUUCCACGGCAACCCCAGCUGGCCCAUCUCUCAAAUGAGCGCCCCAUGACCUGGCACACACCAACUCCUCCGCCCUCAGACACCCUCUACAACUUCAUGGCAGCUAACCACAAGAAUGGAGGGGUUCUUUUGCAGCCCUUGGAUUUGAAUCCUUUAAUACCGACCUUCGCUCCACCAAGUUCAGCCCCCUUCAGCGGCACCAUGGACUUAACAGUAUCCUCUUCUGUGAGGAACAGCAGUUCUCCGAGGAAUCUGCAGUCACCUCAGCAGAAAAAUAGCUGCACAAAUGCUUCACCCAAUACUCCCAGUGUGAUUCAGAGUGUCCCAAAGGAGAAGAACAAUGGUGAAAUGGGUCCAGCAGGAACGCUAUUUGUGCGCGAUGCUAAGCAAAUUAACAAUGACGUUGCCAAGGUGUCUAAUAUCUCGGAACCUGUGGAACUGGUCAAAGAAGCCCUCUACAAUACAAUUAAGAAUCAUGCUCCCAAGUGUAACAGUCCCAUUCAGCCUCCAGCUCCUCCUACACGUCAAAGUCCAGCUCCCAGUGUUAGUCCACCGGCUGUCAAUCAGCCCAAUGAUCUCAGUUCUGCGUCCACGGGGCACGAAAUGGGGCUCACGGUGCCCCAGGAGGAAAAUGCUCAGAUAUCACCGUCCACCGAGGAUUCGGUGGAUUCCACUGGAGGUCGAAAGAGGCGCAAACGGAAGCCCAACAAGACCAGUCGAAUGGAAAACCAGGAUGUAGAGGAUGUGGAAGAGGAAAUGGGUGUGCCAUGUGUGGAGCUUCCGAGGAUUGCUGUGCCACCAACGGUUCCCGUGAAUGCCAUCCCGGAGACGCCAGAGACCCCAGAAAAAAGGGUGGAUUCCAGUCCAAGAAGAAGAAGCCGGAGAAAAGGGGCAGACGAUGCGGAACCUGUUGAGACAAUUGACAUGAUUGCCAACACGGAGGAGGAUACGUCAGUCAUCACAGUAGCCACUAGGGAGACAGGAAAGUCUCCGGAGAAAGAAAAGCAGCAGGAGAAGAAGACCCAGGAAAAUGGGGAGAAGAGUCAAGCAGCGACAAAUGCGCAUUUCGACGAAGUGGAAAAUAAGCUUGAGCAGAUGUUUGCAGGAAUCGAUGAUCGACCAGCAGUCUCUCUUAAUGUUACACCCGAAGAGGUGGUUCCGUCGACAAGUAAAUCGGGCCCUAAGCCGGUCCGUAAGCGUGCUCUAUCCAAGGAUGAAGACGUGACGAAGCCCAAGAGACGACGUCGCGGACGCAAACCAAUGGCAGCCAAAGCGGCUGACAAGGGGGCAGUGAAGCGAAAAAAGGGUCGGCCACGAUUGAAGCCGCUGAGAGAGGAGGGUGGAUUACAGUCAUCUGCCACGGACACCACCUGUAGUACGCCCCGUUUCCGUGGUCCCUACGUUCAGGUGAGAGGCAACGGGGUGGCGUGCGUGAUCAAUACGCCGCAAACGGAGGAAGAUGGUGAGAAGGGUAAGGGGCGUCUCCAUAGUCAUGCUAGCAACGAGAGGCGCAAGAUUCGGGGAUUGCAUGUUAGUACACUGAGCACAAAGUACGAUGCAGACACCACAGAUGCCACUUGGAUGUGCGUCUUUUGCAAAUUUGGACCGCACAAAAUGGGCCUCGGGGAUCUCUUUGGGCCAUAUACAGUAUCCACGACUUGUGAAGACUUCCAGCUGAGUCAGGUGGAACCAUCGAUGGAUGACUUCAAGAGUAAACGCACGAAAAGCACAAUGAUUCAACGUAAUCCGAAUUCUCUGCCUGUUGUGGCUGCACAGACAGCUAAUGCUGAUUCUGGAGCCUCCACGUCUGGUGUUAAGAAGAAGAAAAAAUCACUCCCGGAUGGUGCAACGGAAGCCUUUCCGGACAUUUUUGUCGGAAUGGGACGUCUCAGUGAUGAUGCAUUGGAAGUGUGGCUCCAUGAGGAUUGCAUCGUAUGGGCUCCAGGAGUUCAUAUUAUUGGCUCGAGAUUGGUGGGCCUCGAAGCGGCUGUUUGGGGCGGAUCGAGGCACCAUUGUAUUCUCUGUGGCAAGAAUGGGGCGACGAUAGGGUGCUUAGAGCGUGGUUGCAACGAAAUGAUCCAUGUCCCGUGUGCUAGGCAGAGUAACUGGCAACUUUCGGAUGAGGAUUUCAAGAGUUACUGCAACAAGCAUGCCUCUGAGAGCUCUUCGGAGAGUGUCAAAGUGAAUGGGCAGGCCUAGAUGUGUGUGUGUGUGUGUUGCUAAAUGUGAAUAAGUGACGAGACAUGGUAAAGAAAAAAAAGUUAUUAAAUUAUUCUUGUGGGAGGAAACUGAGAAAAUAUUCCGUAAUUUUACUCUAAAAAAAAAUUGAUUAAAAAAAUCUCUAGAGAAACUUUUAUGGUGUAAAGUUUUAAGGACAUUUUUCGUAUGCGAAUCACUCACUUUUCUUUCGCGGAACUGAAUGAUCACACAUCAAACUCCUUUUUUUUCUAAACAAAAAAGAGGAUGGAUGUGCGUGGUUAGAGAGAAGGAAAUUGAUAGGAAACCAUAAUUCUGUGUAAGAAUUAAUUUGUAUUUGUACACUGAAUAAUUGGUAGUUUAAGAAAGGAUAAAAAGAAUUGCUAUGCAACCGGAAUGAAUGCCCCUUCCGGUUACUCUUGACAAUUUUAAAACUCCUGUACAUAGUACUAUAGUAAAGUAUAGUUGUCUAUAAAGUAAUUAAUUAAAAUUUGAAUUAAAGAGAA